AUGGUUUCCAAAACAGAACCCCCACAGCAAACCAAAGCAGUAUGGGCGACUCUGGUGACAGACACCAACUACCUAAAAGGUGUCUUGACUCUCAACCACCGUCUCCGUUGUGUCAAAUCAAAGUAUCCAUUGCUAGUCCUCUACACCAAUACGCUAUCUGAGGCUGGUCUCGAAAUUAUCAAGAAACGCAACAUUAGAACACUAGAAGUGCAACGCAUAUCGCCAACUACCUCGCAAGACUACCUUGAAGAUGUGCGAUUCUCAGAGUGCUGGACCAAACUGGUCGCAUUUUCGCUUACCGACUUCUCGCGAAUUGUCCUUUUGGAUUCUGAUAUGCUGGUACUUCGCAACAUGGAUGAGCUGAUGGAUGUUGAGCUGGAUGCUCCCUCCGACGAAACUAGUGCUCUGGUUCAGGGCAACAGGCUCUUUGCUGCUUCCCAUGCGUGCACUUGUAAUCCCCUUAGGAAAGCGCAUUAUCCACCAAACUGGAUACCAGCAAACUGUUCGUUCACAGCACAACACGACAAGCCCGAGGUCGCUCAGAGCCAUGGAGCAAGUCUAUCCACUGGUUUGGGCAAACUGAACAGUGGACUUCUCGUCAUCAAUCCGUCUCAAAUUCUCUUCACGCAGGUUCGAGCCAAGAUGGAUGACCCGAGCUGCUCAGAGUACAAGUUCCCUGAUCAAGAUCUUCUCGCAGACGUGUUCAAGGGCCGCUGGGUGGCAUUGCCAUACAUAUAUAACGCUCUAAAGACCAUGCGCGAGCCUAGUGUGCAUGGGACAAUAUGGCGUGAUGAUCGAGUGAAGAAUAUUCACUACAUUCUGAGUCCUAAGCCGUGGGAUGAGUUGGAGGCUGAUGGUUCGUGGGCUGGUGGGCAGGAAAUCCAUAAGUGGUGGCAUGAUGCUUACAAGUCAAUGCUUGCAGAGGAGAGGGCCUUGGGUUUAGCGUAA